AAUUUCUACUAAGUAACUAAAAGCUGUCCCGUCUAUGAUUACCACUCUCCAUAGAUCGCCUACGUCACUAUUACCUAACAACUUUCUAUGACACGCUUGCUAGUAGCUAGGUACUACCUCUAGUUAGUCAUUUGUUUGCUAUCUAAACAUUCACUCGUCUAUAAAUGGACAUUCCAAAUUCGAAAGUCGAAUUUAAAAUAACAAAAUUUUGGUGAAAUUGAAAUGGUAUGUCGGUUCUUUAAGUUAUCUGUUUACUUCUUAAAAUAAUUUGGAAAUGAAGAACGACGAAUAUUCUUUUUGAGUGUAAUCUUCGGUGAAAAUGCAAAACAAACAAGAAGAAAAAAAUUAAACGGUAAAACCUAAGUGGACAAUGUAAAUAAACCUGUGGUUAAAAUUUCAAAUUUAGAAAUCCAAACUUUUUUAAUUUUUUUAUGGUUUCAAAAAUCGAACUAUGUGGUUUGUUCUGUUACUAGUGCUGUGCUUAGUGUAUUCGUUAUGGCGUUUGCGGUACUUCGCGUCGAAUGGAGUGAUGACUCUGGUACCGGUCCCGUUUUUGGGGAAUUUGGCGGCGGUUACUUUUGGACGAGAGAACUUUGUGGAGGUUAUAGAAGCUGGUUAUAAUAAGUUCAAAGAUAAGAGAUAUUUCGGCAUCUACCAGUACCACGUUCCUACUCUAGUGCCAUGCGACCCGGAGCUCAUCCGCCGCAUAAUGGUGGCUGACUUUGCGGCCUUCAGCGACCGAGGGGUCCACAUUGACCAGGACUGCGACCCGCUGUUUGGGAGGAACCUCAUCAUGCUGAGAGGUUCAAGAUGGCGCACGAUGCGCGCGGCACUAACCCCAGCCUUUUCUGCAUCUCGCUGUCGCAGCAUGGCGCCACUUAUGGCAGUCUGCGCGAAAAAUGUGCAGAUAUACCUGCGAGAGCGAGUGCGACAAGAUACACAGCUAGAUGUUGAUGAGAUCUCAACAGCAUACGUGAACGACGUGAUCGCGUCAUGCGCGUUUGGGUUCGCGACGGACUCCCUCCAGGACCCGCACAACUGCAUCUUCCGACUGGCGAAGCGGGCUGUCGUUCAGGAUACAACGCAGAUAAUGAAGUUUUUCGGCUAUGAAAACAUGAAGACGCUCAUGCAGUUGCUGAAGGUGAAGAUUAUAAAGAGCGGCGACGCGGAACAGUUUGGCGAGCUGUUUAAAUCUGCCCUGAGUGCACGCCGCGACGGAGCCUCGCCCAGGCCGGACUUCAUACAAACUCUCAUGGACGCCGCGGGCAGAACGACGCCAGGCGCAGAGAAUUUCUCCGACGAGGACCUAGUCGCCCAGGCUGUGCUGUUUUACAUUGCCGGCUACGAUACGACGGCCAAUCUCAUCAAUUAUUUCCUUUACGAAAUGGCCACCAACCCUACUAUCCAGGAAAAACUGCAGAGCGAACUGGACCAGUUACCAGGGUCAAAUGACGAAAAGGAGGCAUACGAUAAUGUCCAGGGGUUGGAAUACUUGGAGAUGUGUGUCUGCGAGGUUCUAAGGUUGUGGCCGCUGGUGGGCGCGGCAGAUCGGCGCUCGGUGGCGCGCUACGACUUUGGCCCAAACCAGACCCAUGGAAAAACCCACUUCGUUGCAGAAGCUGGCGUGCACAUAUGGCUACCAGUAUAUUCCCUGCAUCGUGACGAGCGCUACUGGUCCGGCCCGCACCAGUGCGAUCCGGAGCGCUUCUCGUCUGCCAACAAGCAGAAUAUACUGCCAUACACAUACAUGCCUUUUGGUACUGGGCCUAGACAUUGCAUCGGGUCCCGUUUUGCUACAACAGCAGCAAAAGUGUUCCUGUCGCAGUUCCUCCGGCACUACAGCGUCAGCGGCGGUUCCUCGAGACAACUUCACCCCAGGGCCUUCAUCCUCCGACCCAAAGAUGGCUUCACGCUCACUGUCACUCCGAGAAACAACAAUAUAUUAUAGUUAACACUUGAUUAUUAUUGCAUCCUUUAUUAAAGUCACAACACUUCACCCCAGGGCCUUCAUCCUCUAACCCAAAGACGGCUUCGCGCUCA